UCGUCUCGGACGGUGGUUAAGGUGGUUCCUUAAUAAAGGACGCUAAAGAAGACGAUAAAUUAUUGAAAGAUCACUUUAAUUGGGUACCUUUUCAUAGAUAAAAUAGUCAUUGAUACAUAAGUCUCACGUAUUUCAUUGCUUUGUUUUGACAAAGCUUGAAUAUACAAUAAAAAAAAUAUUACUUAUUUGAUAUAAACAUGAUGACUAUGAACAUGAAUAUGCAACAAAGAGAGGAGAAACAACUCGAAGCGACUAUCCAAGCAAUUUUGACCAGGGUAAAUGAUUUGAAGGUUGCCAUACAAGCGCUUCUAAAUAAAUUGGAGAAUGAACAUGAAACAAUCAACUGGCCAACCUUCUUGGAUAACUAUGCCAUCUUAUCAGGUCAUCUUACUGGUCUGAGCAAGAUCCUGCAGGCAGAAGUGGCAGCAUCACUCAGGUCUCGCAUAGUGCUACCAUUGCAAUUGAGUUGUGAACGUGAUGAAUCCCUGGUCAGGUUGACUGAGGGGAGAGUGCCUGCAUGUACUCAUGACCUGGUACCUGACUUGUUGCGGACUAAGCCGGAGCCUCAAGCUGAACAGCGAUUGCAACAGUUCAAUCAUAAAGCUAGCACUUUAAGUUAUGAUACUGCUCAGAAACAAGUGGCACAAUUUGCGAAAGUUGUAAGUCAUGUGUGGGAAAUUAUUUCAAAAGGACGUGAGGAAUGGGAAGGUGAAUCAAUGAGAUCAGCUGGUAUGCAACCCACACAUAUAAUAUCAGAUACACACGCUUUAGUGACAGCUGUUGGGACAGGGAAAGGCCUUCGUCCGGGAAUGCCUCCGAUGGGACCUGGAGGAGUCGGUCCAGGAGCCAUGGGGCCCGCAAGAGGUCCGGCCCCCCAGAUGGGACCCGUGCCACCAACCAUGCCUAAAGCGCCUUCCGCUAUUAAAACUAACAUCAAGGCAGCCAAUCAAAUACACCCAUAUCAGAGAUAGAUCUAAUUAAAUAAAUAUAAUAAUGUUCUUAAUUAA